AUGCGGCCCGCCCGGAGUGCGCUCAGGCUGCGCCUGACCUUGGCCUUGGGCCUGGCACUCGUUGGCUCCAUGGCUGUGGGUUGGGCCUCACCCCGGCCUCCCAUCUAUGUCAGCAGCUGGGCCGUACGGGUGUCCCAGGGUUACCAGGAAAUCGAGCGCCUGGCGCGCAAAUUCGGCUUCGUCAACCUGGGGCCGAUCUUCCCUGAUGGGCAGUAUUUCCAUCUGCGGCACCGGGGCGUGGUCCAGCAGUCCCUGACCCCACACUGGGGCCACCGCCUGCGCCUGAAGAAAGACCCCAAGGUGCAGUGGUUCCAGCAGCAGACGAUGCAGCGGCGGGUGAAACGUUCCUUGGUGGUGCCCACGGACCCCUGGUUCUCCAAGCAGUGGUACAUGAACAAGGAGGUGCAGCCGGACCUGAACAUCCUGCAGGUCUGGAGCCAGGGGCUGUCUGGCCAGGGCAUCGUGGUCUCUGUCCUGGACGACGGCAUCGAGAAGGACCACCCAGACCUCUGGGCCAACUAUGACCCCCUAGCCAGCUACGACUUCAAUGACUACGACCCGGACCCCCAGCCGCGAUACACACCCAGCGAUGAGAACCGGCAUGGGACCCGCUGUGCCGGGGAAGUGGCAGCGACGGCAAACAACAGGUUCUGUGGUGCUGGCGUCGCCUACAAUGCCCGAAUCGGAGGGGUGCGCAUGCUGGACGGCACCAUCACCGACGUGAUCGAGGCCCAGUCGCUGAGCCUGCAGCCGCAGCACAUCCACAUCUACAGCGCCAGCUGGGGCCCCGAGGACGACGGCCGCACAGUGGACGGCCCGGGCAUCCUCACCCAAGAGGCCUUCAGGCGCGGCGUGACCAAGUCCUGGUCGGGCCUGUGCACCUGGCAGGGGGCGACCCCCACUGUGCGCCCCGGGGACCCCCCCUGGGCCCCGACCCCGGCUGUGCGCCUGGCGGCCCGCGCCCUCCCUGGGCCCCGCGUGGCUCCGGCUCCGGCCGCCGCUAGGUGGAGCAAGGAGGCCGGUGGAGACGCGGCGCGGGUGGACCCGCGGUCCGGAGCUGCGGAGGCCCUGAGCGGACGCUGCUGGGUGGACGCCCGCGACCCCUCCGCGCUCGAGCCCCCCGCCUUGCAAACAGAGGCCCUGAAAGGGAAGCGCCGCCCGCGGAGCGGACAGCCUGCGAGGGGUAAGCGUGGGAGCAGAAGGGGCGGGGUCCAGAGCGCGCGCGGUGAGGACCCGGCCGACCUUGACCCCCGACCCCCUGACCCGGCCGCCGCGAGGAUGCCGGUGUGUGAACCGGACGCCCAGUUCAGACUCGGCAGCUCCCAGCGAACGCCCGCAGCCUGGCAGCGGCGCGAGUAG